AUGGGAAAAUUUCGCUACACCCGUGGGCUUACCCAUGUUUUGCUGCUAAACGUGAUUCUUUUCUUAAUUCUGGAACUCUGUGUUGUUGUGCCGCACACAUCAGCUUCAAAAUACUCCCAACAAGAUAUAGAGGAUAAUGAAUUUGCCGAAUUUGAAGACGUCGAGGACGAAUCGGACGAGUUUAUUGGGCAGAAACCGGCUCGACCACAACAACAACAACAACAACAACAACAACAGGCUCAACAACCGGCACCAACGCCUCCGCCAUUGCAAUCAAAGAAAAGUGACGAUUUAGGAGAUGCAGUUGUAGAAGAUGAGGACGAUGAAGAGUUUGAAAUGAUUCGGGACGAGGAGGAAACUUUUGACAAAUCUCGUUUGGGCGAUUCAAACAAAAAAGAAGAUUUGAAAAUUACCAAAAUUCCUCUUCAUCUUCGAGCCAACUGGGAAAGCUACUUCAUCGAGUUCGUCAUGAUCCUCGGACUGCUGCUCUACUUUAUCAAUUUCAUCUUAGGGCGUACGAAGAAUUUUUCUAUUGCAAACUCUUGGUACGAGAAAAAUUUAGAACUGCUGGAAAACAAUUUCAGUCUUGUCGGUGAUGACGGCAAAAAGGAAAUUGAAUAUCAUGGAUUGAUGAAGGAAACUGAAAGUGUGUACACUCUUUGGUGCUCUGGGCGUAAUGCAGUUGACGGGAUGCUCGCCGAAAUUCAUCUCAUCAAACGACAUGAUUUACUUUCAGUUGUGAUCAACUACUUUAAGCCUACAAAUGAUAAAAUCAUUAUUAAAACGAGCCUAAAUCCCGAUGUUUUGGACAACUUUGUCUUUUGCAUUGCUAAUCGCAAAAGUGCAGUUCGUCUUUCUAAAGAAAUGAACGACAUUGCAACAUUCUGUCCUGAACGUAAAAGUCCUGAUAAGUAUGGCGUUACUAGUCAAGACUUUGUGCUUCUCAACGAAAUUGGCGAGGCAGCGAGCUUUAUUCUCGAUUCCAAAGUGGCCGCAUUGCUCAACAAAAAUGAAAGUCUCAUUGAUUACAUUCACGUGUCGGACCAGUAUUCUGGCCUACGUAUCACAGAUGAUUCUCAAAACGCAACAAAGCUGCCUGAAGUCAAAAAGAUGCUAAUUGCUUCCUUUAUCUUUCCUUCUAAUGCUCAAAAUCCAGAAGAAAUUGAGCGAAUGAAUCAUCUUCUUCAGCUAGUAUUUUACCUUAUCGAUAAACUGAAACGUUUUCGACUAAGCCGGGAGAGUAAAGUAAAAUCGGAUCGCAAUCGGCAAAAGGUGCAAAAGCUCUAUCUGGCGUCGACUCAUUUGCAGCGACAGGAAAUGGCUCAGCAGAAGCGUGAAGAAAAGCGGCGUAUGGAAAAGGAAAAGAUUCUUGCAGAGACCGAUCCCGACAAGCAACGUCGAUGGGAGGAGAAGGAGUACAAACGUGAGAUGAAACGUAAAGUUCCCAAGAUGAAGCAGCUCAAGGUCAAGGCGAUGUAA